CAAAAACCGGCGAACCAUCAUUGACUAAGACGUCUGUAUCGCUAUUCUCAACCCCACAUUACCCCCCAUUACUAUUCAAGCAUCACGUAUGAUUCUGAAAUACCCGUCUAUGCGACUAUAAAAUAAAGCUGGCCAUGCUCCACUUUUCUUGCUCUCCAAAACUGCAAACUAAAAAUCAAGAUAGCCAAAAAUUAUGAGGCCUUCAUUUGCAUUUGCAUGGUUUCUCUUUCUCCUUACUCUUUUCCAAUUCACCGCUUUUUCUUUCUCGUCUGUACAGCCAGUGCUUUGUCAUGACGAUGAACGCCUUGCUUUGAUGCAAUUCAAGGAAAGCUUCAUCAUCCACGAGCACGCAUCUCCUGCUUCCUCGUAUGCUUAUCCUAAGGUUGAUGACUGGACGUUUCAAGGAGUUGAUUGCUGUUCAUGGGAUGGCGUCGAGUGUGAUCAAAUCACCGGUCAGGUGAUAGGCCUGGACCUCAGCAGUAGCCUCCUUUAUGGCUCUAUCAAUUCCUCCAGUAGUCUCUUCCACCUUGUUCACCUUCAAAAGCUUAACCUCGCACACAAUGACUUCAAUUACUCUGUGAUUCCAUCUGCGUUGGGCAAUCUUUCGAUGCUGACAUAUCUCAAUCUCUCUAAUUCUGUAUUUUCUGGUCAAAUACCGUCAGAAAUUUCAAAGCUCUUUCGAUUAUCUUCCCUCGAUCUGUCAAAUAAUUGGGAUCCUAACUCCUUUCAACGGUUGUUAGAACUCAAAAUACCUGAUCUGAAGAGCUUAAUACAGAAUUUUACAGACUUAAAACACCUUCAUCUCUCGUACGUAGAUGUGGCUUCUCCGAUUCCUAGUGUCUUAGCCAACUUUUCCUCGCUGACGUCCCUUCAUCUCGAGCAUUGUGGACUGCUGGGCAAAUUUCCAUUACCCAUUUUCCAUCUACCAAACCUUCAAACCAUUUGGCUGGUACACAACUUGGGUCUCACGGGUUACUUUCCAGAAUUCAAUUUCACCAGCCAACUUAAAGUCUUAGCACUCUUGAACACAAGUUUUUCUGGUGAGUUAGCUGCUUCAAUUGGAGACCUUUAUUCAUUGGAAUUCUUGGGAAUUGGUCUUUGCAACUUCACAGGGUUAGUGCCAUCUACGUUGGGUAAUCUCCCCAAUCUCCAGUUUCUGGAUCUUGGACGCAAUUUUUUUAGCGGUUUAGUGCCAUCAACUCUGGGUAAUCUCACCAAGCUCUAUCAUAUGGAUCUUCAAAAAAAUUAUUUUACAGGUGAGCUACCUGACUCAAUUGUAAACCUUAUUUCUUUGGAAUAUUUUUACAUUCGUUAUUGCAAAUUCGCAGGAUUAGUUCCAGCUAUGCUGGGUAAUCUCGCCAAGCUCAUGGUUUUGGAUCUUGGAAGUAAUCUUUUUAAAGGGUUAGUGCCAUCUACGUUGGGUAAUCUCCCCAAUCUCCAGUUUUUGGAUCUUGGACGCAAUUGUUUUAGGGGUUCAGUGCCAUCAACUCUGGGUAAUCUCACCAAGAUCUAUAAUAUGGAUCUUCAAAAAAAUAAUUUUACAGGUUCUAUUCCUCCAGAGCUAACGAACCUGACCCAAUUAACUUAUUUGAACCUAAUGGAAAAUAUGUUAGAAGGGUCAGUUCCAAGCUCAAUCUCGAGACUCAAGAAACUAGAAUUUUUUGACUGUGACGAAAAUAGACUGGAUGGCAUUGUGGAGCUUGAUGCAUUUCUUGAGCUAAAACAUCUGAAGUAUCUGUUUCUAUCCUUAAAUAAUUUCUAUUUAAUUUCUAGAAAUAAUACCAAUGCCACCAGUCCUCAGCUUGUUGAUAUAGGAUUGCGUUACUGCCAUCUAAGAGGGUUCCCAGAUUUCUUGCGUAACCAACAUCAAUUGCAACUUCUUGAUCUUUCUUCCAACAACAUUCAGGGCCAGAUACCGAAAUGGAUGUCGAAAGUGAGCAUUGAAACUCUGUUAUUUUUAGACCUUUCAAGCAACUCUCUAACGGGUUUUGAUGAAUUCCCGGUUGUUCUUCCAUGGUCCAAAUUAGGCUAUCUAAAACUUGAUUCCAACAUUCUUCAAGGUUCACUCCCAGUUCCACCCUUGUCAACUAUUUUCUAUUCCAUCUCAAACAAUUCCAUCACCGGAGAAAUCCCACAGCUCUUGUGCAACCUGAGCUCUCUUUCAAUUCUUGAUGUUUCCCAUAAUAACUUGAGUGGUGAGAUCCCUUUGUGUUUGAGCAACUUUAGCAAGUACUUAUUGGUACUGAGCGUGCGCUCCAACAACUUUCAUGGUCCCAUUCCACAUAGUUGGGCGAGUGGAAACAGAUUAAAGAUGAUAGAUUUGGGCAAAAACAAAUUUCAAGGAAAGAUACCAAGAUCGCUGAUGGAGUGUGGAAUGUUACAAUAUCUUGAUCUCGGGAACAAUCAGAUUAGCGAUGCAUUCCCUUCAUGGCUGGGGACUCUUCCAGAGUUGAAUAUUCUGAUUUUAUGCUCUAAUGCACUUUAUGGUAUGAUAGGGGAUCCUGAGUCCCAUUGUGUCUUUCCCAAAUUGCGAAUCAUCGAUCUCUCUCACAACAGAUUUAAUGGGACACUGCCUUCAGGCUACUUUGAAAGAUGGAAUACCAUGAGAAGUCUUGAUGUCAGGAACUCAUCAGCUAGUUACAUGCUUGAAUACUUGGAUAUGAGGAUCAAUGUAAUGCAUGUUCCCAGGUAUUAUAUUUAUUCCAUGACAAUUACAAACAAAGGCAGAGAAAUGCUGUACCCAAAGAUCAUUCAAACUCUUGUAGCCAUUGAUCUCUCGAGCAACAGAUUUGAUGGAGAAAUUCCAGAAUCCAUUGGGAGUCUCAAAGAGCUUCACUUGCUUAAUGUUUCGAAUAACAUUCUGGUUGGCCGCAUCCCAUCAGCUAUAGCGAAGCUAAAGAAUCUCGAAGCAUUGGACCUUUCUCAGAACAAGCUAGCUGGAAGAAUUCCUUGGGAGUUGAGUACACAACUCACUUUCCUUGAGGUUCUCAACGUCUCUCAUAAUAAUCUCACAGGACCUAUACCGCAAGGCCAGCAAUUCGAUACUUUCCAAAGUAGUUCCUUCGAAGGAAAUCUUGGGUUGUGUGGAAAACAGUUGCUAAAAGAAUGUGACAGUAGUUCUGGAGCCUUGCCACCUCCUUCAUCUUCAAUUUCUGAAGACUCUGGAUUUUUCGUUGGAUUGCAUUGGAAAGUAGUCUUGCUGGGUUAUGGAAGCGGAUUCCUCAUUGGAGUGACGAUUGGGCAUGUUGUGACCACUAGGAAAAGUGAUUGGUUUGCCAAGACUUUCUCCAAAAUUAGUCGUGGAAGAACGCAUAGGAGAUCAUCGCCAGUCUUGUUGUAAUGAAAGAAGUAGAGAUGGAAGGAAAUCAUUAAUCCGAGGGAGAGGGAGAGACAGAGAAACAGAGAUCAGUUUCCAUGUUCUACCUGUAGAUGUAAGACGAAGGAACACCAUACUUGAAGCUAUCGUGGGCUUUGAGCCGUUUUGUAUUUGUGUUAGGGAUUUUCGAUUGUUUCUAAACAGCUUCUAACAAAAGAUACGAUAAUGAAUUAUAAAAAAAAAGUUUUCAAUCGACUUGUAUUUUUUAAAGAAUAAAAAAAUGACGAUGGCAUAAAUAUGUAGAAGGAUAAAAAUUGUAUUAAAAAGACCUUGCCAAAAAUAAAUUUAUUAAGAAUAAGAUUUGACCAAAAAAAAAAAAAUCUAUUUGGAAUAGAACUUUGAAAGCUCAUCCUCUAUUUAAAGAUGUUUAAUUUGCCUCGCCAUGGGAAUAUUCAUGCAAUUGUCGUUAGAAUAGUUUUGCUUCUAUCCCAUGUGUUAAGAGCUAGCAAACA